CGUUACGCUUAUCCUUUUCUUUCUCCGCCUGACUGGAACGCAGACGGCCUCUUCCACACGGUGGAGAUCCUGGACACGGCCGGCUCGCACCACUUCCCCGCCAUGCGGGAGCUGAGCAUCCGAUCCGGCAGGGGCUUCGUCCUCGUCUUCGCCGUGGACAGCCUGCAGUCCUUCCACGAGGCCGUGCAGCUCUGGCAUCUCAUCGCCAAGAUAAGAGGAGAACGCGUCCCCAUCGUUCUGGUGGGCAACAAAUCAGACCUGAUUGCCAAGCGCCAGGUGUCUCAAGACAUGGCCAUGAAGCUGGCUCAGGAGAGCAUGCACAACUGUCAGUACCUCGAGACAAGCGCCAAGUACAACGUGAACGUGAGCGAGCUCUUCAGCGAGCUCCUGCAGCAAGCCUACUCCAUGGAACAGCAACAGCAAACGUCAUCAGGAGGAUUACUUCCGGGUCCCGGGGGUUCUUCGUCACUCCUGGGAGGUCCAGGGGACCCCGGUCGGCCACCGGACUCUCCCCUGCAGAGGUCCUCGCGGAAGCUCUCUCAUCGGCUAGGGUCCCUGGGCAGUCUGCCCAGCAUGAGACGCAAGUCCAGCACGGCUUCGGCGUCGCCGGUGGUUACCGCGACGCCGCGGAGUCGUCAGCCGUCGCAGCAGGUCGACCCGGAACAAGACAUCGCGGACCCCGACCAGAAGUGCCACAUCUUAUAAAGGACAUUUGCACGUUGAUAUCAUUGCGUACCGAAAGCUACACUUGUCGCCAUUUGCUUCUUUGUGUAAACAUUUUGCCCUGUAACCAGGAGACAUGGCCGAAGGUUUCCAUGCGACACUAAUUUUACCGUUCACCUCUGGGUGUAGACGGCUUG